UCGAACAAAUUAAUCAUCUCAUGAAUUUCGCUCCUAGCGCACAACUCCUUCUUCUCUUAAGCUUUCCCUGCGUCGUCCGAAAAAAAAACCUUUCUCUGCGCCGCUCAUAAAGCUUUCCCUGCGUCGUCAAUCUAGCUUCCUCGUCGGUGGUUCUGGCCUCCUCGUCAUCGUCAGUGGCUCUUUUCUCGCCUCCUCUCCAGUCGCUGCUUACUCGGCUGGUGGGUCCAAGAAAGAACGUAGUUUGCUCGCGCCGGUGGUUCCAAGAAAGAAAGUUUCUCGCGUCCUUUUCUCCGUCAACCUCCUCGCCGUGGCUAGUAAUCCUCGCUGUCCCCUCUUCUAGUUUGAAGAUGAACGAGAUGUUGAAGAUGCUGUGCAAGGUCCAAAUGGUUAUGAUUUUGAUGGACAUCGUUUGCGGGUGGAAUUCGCUCAUGGUAGACGAGGAUCAUCAUCAUCAGACCAUCAGAGCAGUUACAGUGCUAGUAGAGGUGGAGCACCUAAGCACACUGACUACAGAGGGGUAGUCUUGCUUCUCUAUUGGCAUAUUUUUUGUAAUUUCACUACUAUAUGAAAUUCUUGUAUUGGUGUUUCUGCAGUUAUGGUCACUGGACUGCCAUCAUCUGCUUCUGGGCAAGACCUGAAGGAUCACAUGCGACGAGACGGUGAAGUUUGUUUCUCAGAUGUAUUCAAGGAUCGUCGCUAUGGUGGCACGGCUGGAGUUGUUGAAUAUGCAAAUUAUAAUGAUAUGAAACGUGCUUUCAGGAAGCUGGAUGAUUCUGAAUUUCGUAAUGCAUUCUCUCGCGCUUAUAUCCGAGUGAGGGAGGACUCGAGGAGUCUGAGUCUAGAUGAUAGGUCGAGAAGCAGAAGCUACAACCGUGGCUGUAGUUAUAGUCGAAGCCGUAGCCGCAGCCACAGUAUAUCUCCGCAAAGAAAUUCACGCCGUUCUUAUUCUAUAUCUCCUUCGAAGUCCCGCUCGAGAUCUCCCUCUCGUUCUCGCUCUAGCUUGAUGCUUGGGUUGCAUGGGAGCAGAACUUUCCAAUUGCUGCACUUAAAAACGUUUUACUAGCUCUGAAAAAGGAGCAACAAUGGCGUAGAGUCAUACAGGUCUACACUCCGAGGAAUACGCCUUAUGCUAGUGAGGAAAUUGAUGUGGUUCGUGAGCAAUGGGUUGCAAGUAUUUAUUAUUGGCCCGUGGGCGCUUGAUCGAGUUGUGUUGGUUUAGAUGUUAUAGAACAAUCUUUUAUGUUAAAAUGUAUGCGUACGUUGAAAUUGGAACAUACAUAUAUUUAAAUGUAUAUGGUACGUGCACUUUGGUUUUGCAAUAUCUACAAAACACCAUUUAUUGUUUUUAUAUUUGUUAUACAGGUUGCGAUAUUCUAUUA